UUCUGUUUCUAACUUUAAUAUCCCGCAGGACAACCACCAGCACCCCACAGUCCGGGAGCACUCUCAGCGCCCACCCACAACGCCGUCGCCCCACCGGGUAUUCAUUACCACACCCUGGGCCCCGCCUCGCCGAGAUCCGCGGCGGCGUAAGAACCUCCUCCCCCCAGCCGGGCCCGCCCCUUGCAUCGCCUCCGCUCCGCCCCGCUCCCAGCGGCCCCCGGGCAAGAUGGCGGCGCCCACGCUGCUGCGGCAGCGGUGCGGCCGGGCGGCGGGGCUGUGGAGCGGCUUGCGCCAGGCCCCGCCGCCGCUCCGGCUCCGCCGGCGAGCCCAUGAGCAGCCGCGGCGGGCGCGGGGCGCCGGCGGGCUGCUGGCGGCGCAGUGCGAGCGCGGGCUAUUCCAGGAGGUGUUCCCGGCGCAGAGCGCGGAGGAGCAGCUGCUGGAGCUGCUGGAGCCGGGCCGCCCGCCCCUCACCGCUUACUGCGGCUUCGACCCCACGGCUGACUCGCUGCACGUCGGGCACCUGCUGGCCGUCAUGGGGCUCCUCCACUUCCAGCGCGCCGGGCACACCGUCAUCGCCGUGGUGGGCGGGGCCACGGCGCGCCUCGGGGACCCCAGCGGCCGGGAGCGGGCGCGGGAGCCGCUGCCGGCGGAGCGGGUGCGCGCACACGCGCAGGCCCUGCGCGCCGGCCUGGAGCGACUGUUCGAGAACCACCGGGAGCUGUUCUGGGCGGCGGCGGCGGGCGGGAGGCCGCUGGGCCGCGCCGUGCUGCUGGACAAUUCCUGCUGGCUCGGCCGGCAACCGCUGCUCGACUUCCUCGGCGGCGCUGGCGGGCGGCUCCGCAUGGGCACGCUGCUGAGCCGGCAGAGCUGCCAGGCGCGGCUGCGCAGCCCCGACGGCAUGAGCCUCGCCGAGUUCCUGUACCCCGCGCUGCAGGCCUACGACUUCCUGCACCUCCACCUGCACCACGGCUGCCGCGUCCAGCUGGGCGGCGCCGACCAGAUGGGCAACAUCAUGUCCGGCUACGAGCUCGUCACCAAGAUGACAGGAACAGAUGUUUUUGGAAUUACUGUACCUCUUAUUACCAAUACUACUGGAGAUAAAUUGGGAAAGACUGCCGGCAAUGCAGUUUGGCUAAACAGAGAUAAGACUUCUCCAUUUGAGCUAUAUCAGUUUUUUGUCAGACAACAAGAUAACAUAGUUGAAAAAUACCUGAAACUCUUCACCUUCAUUCCUCUUGAGGAGAUUGACCACAUCAUGGAAAUGCAUGCUAAAGAACCUGAAAAAUGGGGCCCUCAGAAACGACUUGCUGCAGAAGUUACCAAGCUGGUUCAUGGUAGAGAGGGGUUAGAAUCUGCUAAGAGGUGCACUAAGGCCCUUUAUCACAGCAGUGUGGAGGCAUUGGAAGCUAUGUCUGACCAAGAGUUACAGGAACUUUUUAAACAAGCUCCUUCAGCUGAAUUGAUGCUUGAACCUGGAAUGAAUGUUCUUGACUUGUGUCGCAAAGCAAAUGCCAUUGCAGAUGGACCUAGUGGGUACCAGAAAAUUACACAUGGUGGAGUUUCAAUAAAUGGGAUUCGCGUAACUGAUCCAGAGACUGUUCUUAUUCUUGGACAGCAUAUUCUCAAGAAUGGAGUAUCGUUACUUCGGAUUGGAAAGAAAAAUUACUACAUUAUAAGAUGGCUGCAGUUGUGACAACAGAAUAUCUCCCUAAAAUGACAGAUCAUUUCGACUCUGUUGCUUGAAGAUGUUUCUAGACUGUGCAUUAGUACACAGUUCAAAAUUGCUUGAUACCAUAGUUUCAUUUUCAGAAUACACCAACAGAGUUCAAAUAAAGGCAGCUAAAUUAUACCACUGAAGAUAUUUUAAAUACUCUGCCUUACUCAAAGUACUGUUCGUAAGAGGAUAGGCACAAGAUGAAAAGAUUAAUUUCAAAGUCCAAAGAUGAAGAUGCUCUUCCCCUCAUUUAACAACCUUCUGUGUUGUAGAAGAACAGUGGCCAGGUACUCUACAGCAUAAUCCACAGCAAGAUGAGCAAAAGUAUAUUCAAAACCAGUACUUCUUACAGAGGAUGUGUGGUGCUGUCCAAGUUUGACUUCACCCUAGCAGAGAAAUCCACGUGAGCGGGUAAGGACAACCAACCUACGAGCAGUGUUUUUUUUCUGAACAAGUUUGCUUUGAAGAAAGCUACAGGAUAUUCACAAUAAAUGAGCAGAAUGAUUAAGACCCAAUAUGUAAUCUUAUUCGUUAUGUACAGGGGCACAUCGUAUAAAAGCUUUCUAGCCUUAAUGUGGUAAUACAGAGCAAAUUCACUUCCUGAAAUACAAGAGAGUAUAAAGCCUUUCAAAACUUAAAUCUACCUGAUGAAUCCCUCUACCUCUGUGCUUAAUGUGACUUAUGACGUGGAUAACACUCAUUCUGCUGCUUCAAUCCUGUGAAUUACUAGGAUGCAUCUGUGCUAUCUAGAAUCUUUGUCAAAGGUAUACCUUGAUACUAGUUUGGUGGGCUCUGCUGUCAGUUGCAAGAUAGUAUAUUAUACCAGAAGAUUUGAAGCAUGUGUAUGAAAGCUGUUCCAAUUUUAGCUGCCUAGGAGUUGUGGGUAUCUGGAGUAGGAAAUGUGAGGGAAGCUAUAGUGCUUUUGCAAUUAAAGUAAGUCAGACCUUUCAGAUAGGGCAAUGUGCAAAAGCUGCACUUUUUGGCUCACAAAAGAGCCAAGAGCGAUCCUACUGCUUAUGGCCUAGUCAAACAUUUGGGAUCAUAGCUUCCUCAUUUUCUUGUGAAGACAGCAUGAAAGUGAGACUGUACUUCCAAGAGUUCAUAGAAUAGCAACAUCUACAUUUCAAGGUAGAAUUGCUCCAAAACACCCCCCAACAUACUCCCCAAGCCCCUGUUUCUAUUACCCACCACUACAGGUGCUUACACACUUGGAAUGAAAUAAGCAUGGAGUACCAUGUCUUGAUAAAUUCCCUUCCAAUGGUGGGGAGUUGAUAUUGGGUUGUUUAGGCAAUACAGGUACCAUAGUACUUGGAGCCAGGUCACCUGGGAAACAACAAAGCCCACAUGUAGUUACACCGAUUAUUUGGUAACUACAAGCCCAUACUUGAAUUGCACAGAACUGGUUAACUGACUGCCAGAAUACAGUAAUGUAGCCAGCUGGCUUAGAGCGUUUUUAUUAAGAGACCCUCUCUGCCUCAGUGCAAAGAUGUAUGAAACCCUCAGUCUGAUUUAUGAAGUGACUGAUGGCUUUGGGUCUUGACUGCAGUGUUGUUUUAAAGGUUUAGGGUAAUCCUUGCUCUUGAAAGGAGAAUCAUUUCCUGGUCCAUGAAACUGCUAGACAAUACCACUUUUCAGUUACAAGGGGAGAGGCCUUAAUCUUGCAUACCUGAACAUGGUCACUCAACAUAAGAGCUGGUGAUGAGUAACUCAUGGUAUUUCAGCUGGUUUAAAAACCACCCAGCCUACAAGAAGAAUGGGAAAAUUAGAAUAUAGAUAUUCUAGAGUUGGGUAGGAAGUUUCUGUUGUUUCUUUAGUAAGGCUUGGUUUGGGGUUGGUUUUUGGUUAUUUGUUUUUUUGUUGGUUUUUUUUUUUUACUUGAUGUUGAUCAACUUGAUGUUGGCUUUAUUUGCAUUGUCAGUCAAGAUUUCAAUAGUAAUAAAUAAUAGUGGCUUCCUGCUUGCAUAUCACAGUUUCUUCAGAUUAUUAAACUGUAAUAUGGUAGUACUUUCAGUAGCUCACCCCAUGGAGUUAUUAGUAUUAAUGUCAGUUUCUAGAUCCCACUUAUCUGCUUGAUAAUGAGGUAUCUCUAUUCUAAUCUGUUAUGUAAAGAAAAAUGAAAAGUAGUUGAGUUAUUCCCACCUUAAUGGUAGCUCUCGGAACCAGUCUGUGUUGCUUGUGACUUUGUCUUAAGCUGUAGUAAUGAUCAGAACUAUUCUACAAAAGGCAUAUGAAGGAAAAAAAUCACAACAAAGGGUAGAAGAAUGAAAGGAAAGUUAAGUUCAUCCACUUAAUACAGCAGCCUUGUUCCUUAAAUGGCAGAAGCAUUAUAGCAAUACAGAAAUAUGCACCUGGGAACAAAAUAUACCGCUACACACCCAUAUUAGCCUCCUGAGAAAUACAACAAAUCAGAUUUGACAGCUACUUUCUGGUUGCAGGAAAUGAAUUCCUAGUAGAGUAAAUGUGUUUUGUGUCUGAUCUCUCUCCUGCCUUUCUUCUUUCAUCUCUAAAUGGUGCAGAUGAUACACAUAUAUCCACAAAUUUCAGCUUUUUGUAAAAAGGAUUAGUACCCACUUUGAUGAAGCAUUAGAAGGAUUUUUAUUUUUACAAAUACAAAAUAAAAAAGGGAAUUAAAUUCUUUGCAUACAAGCGUUUUAAUAAGAUCCACAAACUCCAAGCAAUUUAGUCUGUGCUUCCUUUUGACCAACUCCUAGCAAUCCAGACCCUUCCCUGACUUUCCAAAGAAACAACAAGCGAGAUACAACCACUACUCUUUGUGACUGUACUGGGUCAUCAGAACUGAACACUUAAGCCGAGAAUCAAGGAUGACCAAAAAAUCUGAGUAUUCUUUCUUAGCCUGGUCUCAUUUCACAUAUACUCCAAAGCAGGCAUGUUCAGGUAAUCAGAGACAUAGCUUGUUCAAAUGUAAACCAGUAGUAAAGUAUUGAACAUGUCUACAAAUACGUGAUUUGGAAGUACAAGAAGAAAAAGCCAUUAUUUAGGCCGGACACUAAAAAUAAAAACCAAACAAAACAACAACAUUUGUGCCGUACCUGGGGACAACAAAACCUGGAGGACUUGAAUUUAACAUCAUUGUGGCAGCUAGCAGUGAAGAGGUAAAGGGUGAAAGGGCAUGCAGCAAGGGAGCUAUCAGAGCAUGAAAGCACCUUCACUAGUUUAAAGAGUUACAGGGCAUAAAACCAUAUUCAGGUGGUCUAUUCUGUUUUAAACUUUGAAGAAUCAUCCAGCUCUCACCUCAAAGCAGAGAGUUCCUGGCAACAAUUUAAAAAGCACAUGCAUUUGAGAUCUUCAGUAUCUACAGAAAGCACUAGCUAGCAGUUGCUCUCAUAGCUAAAUGAUUUAACUGUAACAAAAAAGCAAAACCCCAACAAAACCAAACCCCAAAACCUCAAGAUAAUUCAGGUUACCAACAGGGGCACAGGCUGACAAGCUGUUUACCUUGCUUGUAUUGCAUAAAACAGGGACCUGAGUUUUCAGUAUUCAAUCUGGCAUCUUUCAAAGUCAAUCCUCCAUAGAGUAAAGGCAAGUUGUAUGUAUGUUUUAUUAAGCAAGUUUGAAGCAGCGCACAGGCACUCCCUCUUACCCAUCUAUUGCACUAAAUUAAAUUUGAAACUGACUACUAAAAACCCCCAAGUAAUUUAUUGUCAAACUCUGUUCAUUUAGGGAUACUAAGUUUUAGUUACAGUAAUAUCACAUACAGGUCAGGUAUUAAUGUCAAACAUUUACUCAUCUAAACUUAGCCACAGUGGUUUUUCUCCCCCAUGAUUGUGUGUUUCACUGGACAGCAAGUUAUUUUAAGUUAGCUGAAAUUUAUGCUUUGAUGACAAAAAUAUUUCAAGUUUAAAUUAAGUAAGGUGGACUAGAAGACAUUUGUAAACCAUCAGUCUAAUCUGAGAUUUUUUCAGUUGCUGCCUUCAUUAGGCUUUUUGUUUUGUUUUUUUCAUGGUUUUCCCAUAAUUUCUUUUAAUGGUGGCAGUAACAGAAGCAUUUUAAGUAUUUUCAGUCAAUACCAGACAAGUUGUUUAAAAACCAUUAAUAGCCACUAGAAGCCUGUCUACGCUAUCACUUAUGCAACUAUACAAGAACUAACAAUGUAGAAUUGCACCAGGGCAAAUGCAAACAUACAUAAGGCUGUACAAAUAUAGGUAGUUAUACCAUUAAUUUGUAAGAGCAUGUACGUCCUGCCACCUGAACUACAAGUCAGUUCAAAACUUUAUUUCUAGGAUAAUUAAUUUUGUGUAUUAUUUCUUUAUUUAAUAUCAGGAUUGUUACAGCAUGGAUUUUUAAAGACUUGCAUUAAGGAUUACAAAUCAAGUUCAUUUCUUGGCACUCAAACAUUACCGAAUUGAAAGUUUCUGUGAAACAAAAAAGUCUUAAUGUUUCAAAACGAAUUAACACUGUGGAAGUUUCACAUGACAUUACAGAGCCAGUUACCACUUUCAGGGUGUUUUUAAAUAAAUAAAAUUCAUUUGCUUUAUGCAGCAGCAUUUCAAAACUUAACAUGUCAGAAUACUUCUUCACAAGAGACUCUUGACUGAACUUUGGGGGUCAAAGCUUAGGUAGCAGUUCACUUG